AUGAUAAUUCGCGGAAUUGUAUUUUAUAGAAAUACUGUUGAUGGAAAAUGAGCAAUUCAUAUAAACGAGCAACAAUUCAGCAUUAAAGUUGCAUUCGAUAUAAAUAAUCAUUUUAGUACUGCAAGAGGAGAAAUAUUUUCUCAGAGUUCAAUAUUGUGUAGAGAAAAUGAUGUUACUUUAACAAAAGAAAAAAGAAUUGAGUUUGGUGACGAAAAUAUAGAUAGAUUAAUUCAAAAAAUCAAAAAGAAAGACUCCGGCUUGGAAAUCAUACGUGAUAAGUUACGAGAACAAGAAGAGGAAAGAAAUAACAGAAAAAGAAAAAGAUAUGUAGUUGAAGAACAAAAGCCAGAAAAGAGAUUUAAAAAAUCUUAA